AUGCUCCUAACCUUCCCCCUCAGCUUCUGCCUCCUGCGUAUCAUUCAUCCCCUUUCUCCCCAUCAACCUUCACAAUCACAUUUGUGUCCCCUCCCUUCUCUUUUUCCCAUUCUUCCAUCAGCCCCACUUCUAGCCUCCCCCACCCCCUCAAAACCACUCACCCCUCAGCUUCUGCCUUCUGCCUUGCACUCAUCCCGCUUCUCCACAUGCCCCUUAUCAAUCACAUCUAUGUCCUCCCUUCUCUCUCUCCCUUGUCCCUUCAGCCCUGCUCCUCGCACUUCCCCUCGUGUGAUGCCUUCUGCCUUCCAUCCCCCUCCCCCCUCACCCUCUCCAGUCAUAUCCAUCCCCGCUUUCCUCCUUCCUUCCCCUCCCUCUGCCUCACUCCCCCCCAUAAACCCCACCUCAUCCUCUUCCCCCGUCUCCCCCUUCUCCACUCCUUCCUCCCCCUUAAACCCCAACAAGUCAUCUUCUGCCCCAUUCCGCCAAUUCUCAUACUCAUCCGGGAAAUUCGUCAAUGCUCAGGGCCCACGAAGUUUCACCGCCGCCCGAUCAUGCGCUCGGGCAGCCUCUUCCGGACAGGUGAGCGUUCCAAGCCACACACGGGAGUUCUUCUUGGGAAAUCGGAUCUCUGCCACCCACUUCCUGCAGUGCCGCUGCCGCACCCCCCGGUACCUGUUUUUGUCUUUCCUUGCUUGUCUGCCGGCCGCCAUAGUGGACAGAAAAGGCGGAACUGUGAUGGCACUUGUGGUUGGAUUAGAGGACGCAUCAAGAGGUGCACCUCUGCUUCUCGCUUCACCACCAUCACGGGGGAUCCGCACUGCUGCAGCAGCAUCUCUGGCUGCUAUUGUAGGCGUAUCUCUGCAGCAGCACCUCUGCUUUACGUGUCUUUGCUGUUUUCCGCCUGCCUCUGGCACCCCAGACUGCUCUGCUGCACCCGCUGCUAUGCCCACUCCCACUGCUAACAACCCUACCACCGCCUUCCCCUCCACCAUUACCCCCAACAUUCCAACCACCACUCUUACCAUCAUCCCCUCCCCCACCAUGCCCUCCACCACCACUCCCACUGCCACCGUCCCCCCUCAUACCACCUUCGCCAUCCAGCCUAAAACGCUCAGGUCUCCCCUCUCUGCUUACUGCAUCACCCAUCUCUUCCAAUUUGACCUGCCUUGCCUUCUUGCUUCCCCUUACUUCUUCUGUUAA